AUUCGUUUGUUACGCGCGUGCGCGUGAGAGAGAGCGAGAGAGAGAGCGCGAGCUCCAGUGACUCUGGCCCGGCUCAGGAGAAUCGAACCGGAAGUUCCGGAGCCUGACUCUGGCGCGCGACUCGGUUGGCUCAUGCCGCCCUGCGCGUGCCGACUCCCGGUGUGGACGCGUCUCUCCGCGCGCUGAAGUUUAGGACUCUCCCGGGUCUCUCUGUCCCUCAGAUCAGGACUCACGGUGUUUUAGGGGAGCAGGAGUGUGUGAGAGAGGUCAUGUCUGAAGGAGAAGCACUCACGUCCUUCAAGCGGGGCAGCCGCACUCGCGCCAGCCUCCCCGUCGUCAAGUCCAGCAACCACACCAAGGAGCGCUCUCUGGGUGUUCUGUACCUGCAGUACGGUGAGGAGAUGAAGCAGAUCCUCAUGCCUAACGAGGUGUCGAGUGCUGACACGGUGCGCGCUCUGUUCGUCAGCGCUUUCCCCCAGCAGCUCACGCUCGCGAUGCUCGAGUCGCCCAACAUGGCCAUCUGCAUGAAGGACCACGUGAGAAACGUCUACUACGAGCUCACUGAUGUCAGGAACAUCACGCCACACUCCUACCUGAAGGUUUAUCACAAAGACCCCAAUCAGGUCUUUAAUCACAACUUGAGAAACAACAACGGAGACGCCCGAAUUCCUCGUGAUCGGCUGCACGGCAUGACACAGCAGCAGGCUGGAGGACAGUUGAUGUGUCGCACUCUUCCUGCACCCCAAAGUCCCAUCCAGGGUCCCCAGGGUUCUCUGUCUCCACCGCUGAAUCGGUCCAUUCCCUCGUCACCAGUGCGGUUCUCCUACAACUCUCGCACCUUGCCAGCCGGCGCCACACUUCCCCGAGAGCGUUUGUCCAGCACGCCAUGUUCCAGUGCCAUCCUGGAGCGACGGGACGUCAAACCGGACGAGGAUGUGGACCCGUACGGAUUUCCUGAGGCACGCCCGAGCGUAUCCGACGUCCCUGACGGUGCCAUGUUCCACCAUCACUCACUUUACAGGCAAAAAUCUCGCAAGUACAGCGAACACAGUCCGCUGAGCCCGAAAAAUCAGAAAACUCCACCCCCUUCGCCUCACAGGGGUAAUGAGGUCAGGAUGAUCGACAUCCAUCCAGGACAGAACGCGCACAUGAUGGUGGAGAGGACAUCGUCCCUGCGGAGAUCUUUCAAGAAGGAGAGCAACGGGACGCUGGAGGCUGCGGCGAGGGCCAGAGGGAACGUGGCGUCCGCUGUGUAUGCAGAUCUGCACGAAGAGAGAGUGUUCCAGGGGCUCGUACCUUCAGCAGAUCCUCAGAGCAAGCGCAUGAAGGUGAUGGAGCAGCAGUUAGCCAGUCUGACUGGACUCGUUCAACACGCGCUUCUCAAAGGGACCAACUCCAGCGGAGGAAAAGAGACACCAAGUGAGAAAUUGAUCUCCGAGUCUCACGAUCAAGACACAAACAGUGGCGGAGUCUCCCCUGUGGCUGUGUGUAAGAGCCCCAAUCUUCAGUCCGAGCCUCCUGUGUCUCCUGCAUUCAGAGACCCGUCUCUUGGCGUCCUCCUGUCCACCUUCCGCAGAAACAUCUCCAGCCUCCGCCAGCAGCUCCAUCAGAUCCGACAGACGCAGCUGCAGAACCAGGUGGCGAUGAGGACGAUGCUGAAGCAGGCGGAGGAGGAACUGACCGUGAGAAUGUGUGAGAAGUUGCAGCUGCUGGACGACCCGCUGAAGAAGCAGAGGACGGAGGUGGACGAGGAGAGACACAGAUAUGAGGUCAUGGAGGAGAGCGUGCUGCUCCAGCUGGGGGAUCUGGAGAAACACGUGGAGCAGAUGAAGAGGAAGUCCAGCUCGGCUCAGAGACCCGUCACUCUGCAGGAUGUCGAGGACGGAGCAGUUAACCUGAGGAAGGUCGGAAAGACGCUCGCCACGCUGAAAGGAGAGUUCCCAGCUCUGCAGUCGAGGAUGCACACGGUGUUGAGGAUGGAGGUGGAGGCUGUGCGCUUCCUGAAGGAGGAACCUCAGAAGAUGGACAACAUGCUGAAGAGGGUCCAAGCUCUGACUGAGACUCUUAACUGCCUCAGAAUAUGUGCUACAGAAGGCUCCCUCUGCACUGAUGUGACCCCCAUGAAGCCCGAGUCACCUGACUCCUCCAGACUGACCCGAGACCCAGCCACGCCUCAGCAGCAUUUAUCCUCAAGCCCCGCCCACUUUACUAUCACCUCUUCUUCUAACCCCACCCACUGUGAGCUCAUCUCCGUCUCCUCCUCUUCUCCCAUCAUGGCGACGAGAUCCUGCAGCUCAGCGCUGAUCUCAAGUCACGGCCAAGACGCCCCCGCCGUGGUCACGGUGACCCCCAGGAGCCGCGAGGAGUCCGGCGACGCCCAUCACGAGCUGCUGAGCUUCAGUGAGACCGCUGAGAGAGACCAGGUGGUGGACAGGAGACGUGUCGAGGAGGAAGCAGACAUGGAGCGUAUUUUACAGCAGGCUCAAGCCAACCUGAUGAAGAAUAUCCCUGACCUGGAGCUGACCAAUCAGGAGAAGAGCAAAGCCUCAGAUCCAACCGACAUCCAGCCUGACAGAGUGGACACGCCUCAGUCUCUACGUCCAGAGGCCACCACUCCAGCUGAACCAGUAGCAGAUAAACCAGUCCAAACCAGUUCAGAGUAUGUUCAUAAACCUCCUAUAGAGAAACCUCACAGAGCCAGCGUGGACCAAGCACCACCCAAUCAGGAUGCAGCAAACAAAUCUCCACCUCCUGCACCUCCUCGUAAACUCCACCUCGCAGCAACAGGACUGACGACCGGGCGCUCCGGGGAGGUCAUCUACACCACUCGCAAGGACCCCGUCCCCCCUCAGCAGGAGCGAGAAGAGGAGGCUCUCCAGUCCAAACCCCAGCGAGUUCGUCCAGAGUUGAAACCCAAACCAUGCACACUUCCUCCGAUCAAUGCACAUGAGGAUGAGGAGGAACACGAUGAAGAGAAGAUCAUAGCAGAGCUGCAGAAUGCAGCUCUCCAUUGCGAAGAUGGAAAAAACACUGCUCCUGCUUCACCUGGAUCUGGGGUCAUAUAUUACAUCACUGGCAUGGGAAAAACACCCAACGACAAUCCGCAUGGAGGAGCUGAAGUCCAAAACAAGCCCAGCGAAGAAGUCGUUUCCUCGUCUAAGGUGGCACAUCCGAAUUCUACUGAUUUUACCCAACAGCCAAACGUACUAACUCCAUCUGACUUGACUUUAGAUUCCCCUGAAUCAGUAGCAGAAACCCUAGAAGUGUCAGCUGACACUCAAAAGAUGUAUGGAAGACUUUCUGAAUCACAGGACAUCAGCAGUGAUGGAGAUGAAGCAAAGAUUCCAAAAGAGAACGUCACCAAUAACCCAGAGAAUCAGGUGUUGGUUUCUUCUGAAACUCUCGUUCAUGCCUCUGAGAAACCAUCCAGCAAUGGAGCCGUGGUUCAGGUGGCUAAAUCACUGGUGCGACCAGAAACUUUGGCACUACCAGAAGAAACCACGUAUCAGGAAGGCAAGCAGCAGGUGGUAAUGAGAUCUCGGGGUCGAACCGAGUACACUGAGGAGACCAGCUUGAACCCUGACCUUCCUGCAGAGGAGGCUUCUCCUAAAUCUGACAACAUCGCCUUCAUGAUCACUGAAAACAGAGUGCAGGCUCUGUCCACUGGGGAAUACCAUCAGCUGGUGAGCUCCAAGGAACAAGACGUUGAAACUGUUAAACUGGGAAUGGAUGAGACUGUGUCUGCCCCAGAGGAUGGCGAGUUCAGCAGGAAACCAGUCAUCAUCGUCUUUGAUGAGCCCAUGGAUAUCCGACAGGCCUACAAGCGUCUUUCCACGAUUUUCGAGUGUGAGGAAGAGCUGGACAGGACACUCUCAAAGGAGCGCAUCAUUGAGGAUACUGAGGAGCUCAAUGAAGAAGAGGCAGCCAAGGACAAGGUUGAUGAUCAGAUCAAGUCCGGCAGUAAAUCAGAGAGCACUGGUAAUCAUCUCCAAGUGCCUGGUCAACAGCAGAACCUCACCGAGUGUUCUAUGGUGUCAGAGGCUGCAUCCCAAAUAGACCUUCCUAGUGAUGCCAAGCAAGAAGCCAAAAAGAAGUUUAAGUUCAAGUUCCCCAAGAAGCAACUGGCAGCUAUCGGCCAGGCUCUUCGUACUGGUACAAAAACGGGCAAGAAGACGUUGCAAGUGGUGGUUUAUGAGGAUGAGGAGCAACCAGACGGCACGCUGAAGGAAGCAAGAGAAGCCAAGCGAUUUGAGAUUAAAUCCAGUAUAGACUCUUCCAGUCCUGCUGUUUCAGCCAGUGAGCCAUCUGAAUCCCAGACCAUCAACCAGCAACCCUCUGCAGGAAGGACUAAUGAGAUCUGUAAAACUGCAUACAAAACCUUGGACAGCCUGGAGGAGACCAUUAAACAACUAGAAAGUACAAUCUCAAACAUGGACCCUGGACUGUCCCCUGACGCCAACUGUAAAGAUCAGAAAGGCAAAAGAAAUGCAGAGAAUCAAAUGGCACGGGCAGAAAGUGGGCCUUCAAAAAAACCAGCCCCUCUAGGGCCAAAGCCUCAGAAACCUCCUCUGCGGAAGAAGUCCAAAGUGCAAUGUGUUCCUCGGCCGUCUUCCUCCAACUUACUUUGCUCCAGCAGCACUAAACAGAACACCAGUGGUUCCUCUUCUACAACUCAAGUUGCCUCACCCAGAUCGCGACAACAAGCAGAAAGUGUGGAAAAACCUCCAAAACCACCAAAGCUCCAGGACUCCCAGAGCCAAUUCCGACAGGUGGCAACAGGAGCACCAUCUCAGCUUACAGAACAUAUAGAUGCUUAACCUGCUUCUAAAACCCAGCCUUUUUUGUACUAUCAUCUUUGCAUUUGAACCCAACCCUGUGAAUCAUCCAAGAAGUCCUCCAUCAAGCCUUAGCCAGGACAUCUCCUGAUAUCCGUGGUGCUUGGUAGUGGGUCAAACGUCACGUCCAGUCACCCUCAAUACUCAAACGCAGCAGCUGAUCUGGCUACCAUUCUUCUUCGUCUCUGGGUUGAAUCAAACCCUGCGCUUACACCAAGUCAGAAGGUGUUUAAUUUCAACGAGUUUACAAUUUUCAGCAAAUGUUGAAGUUGACAUGGUGAGUGAUCUAAUACGGUUUAUGCAAAUGAGCAGCAAAGUGAUUUGAGCAAGGACUGGUUCGUUCUUUGCCCCAUGUGUGAAUUUUGACCCUUGCUAAUUGGUUCAACUUGUUCCUUCACACAGUUCCUGUACUCGAGUCGUUGCCUUUCUGUACGCAAGUAGGAAGAUGCAUGUCCUAUAGCUAACUCAUUACAAAUUACCAUGCUCUAAGGGCCUUAGCAGUGAAACCAAGGCAUCUGUCAGUAAAUUUAAUGUAGGACGUACCCACUAGCAACCACCAUCAUCAAAGGAGGACAUACUGUUUUUAAUCUCUCCAAAAUUUAAACACUUUUUUUUUUUUCUUUCACAAGUCAUAAGCUGGGAGGAGGGGAAGAGUGUAGGGGGGUUUAGAGGGGCUGUUUGGGAUUGUUGUCUUCUGCUCAGUGUUUUUAAUGCACUAGUGCUGGUGCUUUUGCAUAGGUUUUCUAUUUGAGGGAUUAGAUUAGACUGACUACUGGAGUUCUAUUUUGUAGAGGUGUGAAUUAUAUGGUUGGAAUAUAAACGCAUGUGUACAAUUUUUUUCUUUAUUGUAGAAAACUGAGAAAGUCUGACCCAUGUUUAAUCAGUGUUUUGAAUUUGGUUCAGCGUACUGCCAGAUUAAGUAUUUCACCUACAACGCCAAAGUGACGUUCACUAAGACUUGCAGCCUGUUAGAACCCACUGCUAGAGAAAAUGUGCGUGUGAGAUGUUUAAAUAUCAUAUUACUAAAAUAUCCUUAGGAGUUUAUAUAAAUUUGUGCCACUAAUUGUGUUAAACAAUAAAAGAAAACUUUCAUUUACCUGGCCAAAGUUCUCUGCUAUGCAUGCCUUCUAGGUAUUUCAGCAUAAAGUGUCAUGUCUGCACAAAUAAUGCUGUAAAUAUGUUCUUGGGUUUUGUAAAACAUGUACAAAGGCUGUGUGGAGGAACGCUCGUAUAAAAGGUGUCUAUGCAAUAAAGGACUGCCGCUUA